AUUGGUUUAUGUCUACAGGACAGAUAUAUUUAUGUACAAAUCUGUGAGAUCACACAGUGUAAACCCCACUUUGCCCAAAGGAAGGGGCAGAGCACAGUGUAAAAUGAACUGAGAAUGAUCUCACUCAGUUUGAUGCUGGAUUGAUGUAAUUCAUCUUUUGUCCCUCAAUUUUGUUAGGUUAUGAACACCAAUUGCUUUUAGCUACUUGGGGAAAAUAUAAGAGAUAAAACAUUUGUUCUCUAAUAUUUUAAAUAACUUGCUUGUCUGAUUUCAAACUAUUAAUAAUAUAUAUAGUUUUCAUCAAUCAGUUUAUUAUUUAAGAGCCCUAGAACUCUCAAGCUUGAUUAUAACCAUGGCUGAAGCUCAAUCUUCAGAUGUGCUCUCCCAGCACAACAAUCUCUUCUUCUGCCAUAAGUGCUCUGCUCACAUUGUUCCAAGGUUACCAGAAUAUGAAUGUCCUCGAUGUGACAAUGGUUUCAUUGAGCCAUCAAGUGACAUGGGCAACAGCACCAGCGAAACAAAUAUUCCAAGACAGUCCGGAUCAUCUCAAGAUGCCAUUGAUGUUGACAGUGAUGAUGCCAUGGACGACUCUGACUCUGACAGAGAUAUGAUCUUCAGUAUUUUACAUGGCAGCCCAGGUGGUGGGGACAGUGUGCUGUGGGGCGGCGUGGGGGACGCUGCGACGGCAGGGGGAAGCUCCUCAGGGGAAGCAACAGGCUCAGGGAGUGGACGACGGGGCGGCAGCAGGCACCGCAUCAACACGCUACUCAUGGGCGUCCCCAACAGGCGCAGUCGCUUGAGGGGACCAGAUCGCCACCAGGUCUUGGCGCCCAUGCUGCAGGACCUCAUAGUCCACAUCUCAGGAGUGCCGGCUUUUGGCUUGUCUGCCCUGGAAGAGCUUGCAGGCAACCCAGGCGACUACGUGUGGGGGCGUGGUGGCCUGGAUGCGGUCAUCACGCACUUCAUGGGACAGCUCGAGAACAACGGCCCCGCCCCGCUCACCGCUGACCAGAUCGCCGCCAUACCCUCCACUCAAGUUACUCAGGAACAAUGCCAGAAUAAAAUGCAGUGCUCGGUUUGCAUGGAAGAUUUUGUUUUGUCGGAGAGCGUGAAGAAGCUUCGCUGCGAUCACUUCUUUCACGAGCCUUGCAUCACGCCUUGGCUCAAGAUGCACGCGACAUGCCCCGUGUGCCGCACAGCGCUGGGCGACGCGCCCCCCGAUGGCUCAGCUGCUGCAGGAAACCAGCUUCGUCUGGGUCUAGGAGGAAGGAGUCGUGUUUUGUUACGCCACCCCAACCCUUUUAUUAAUCUCGCGGGCACGAGUUCUUCGAGCAACGAACGAGGCAGCAGCUCUAGUGCUGGGGCUGAAGAGGAAGCAGGCAGCUCAUCUAAUGACCCAUCUUCAAGAUUCAGGGAUGAUGACGAAUUAGAUUAGUAGUCUAUACUAGUCUAUGUGUAGCAUGCCAGCUUUGUGAGUCAAUUUAGUGCACUGGUGAGCGCAAGGCGUGCGAUCGUCUCACUUAAGCCUCUCAUAUUGGCUAUCCUAAGUAUGACAUCGUGCUAUGCUAUCCCCUGACCACGAAUCAUCGAAAUUGAGGGUGGUUCUCAACUGCCGUGAAAAAUAUCAUUUAUUUCAUGGAGAUUUUUAUUCGGACUAUAGGAUAGGAUACAAGCCUGCAGAUUAGACUAUCAAAGAAAACUAUCGCUGUGUAAAUGUAACGAGUUACUCGUAAUCCUUUCUGCCGCGACUUGCAGGAUGUAGUUGUAGAGAAACAGUUCCUAACCUGCUUGGACCGGCACUGAUGGGCGUCUCUUCUUCAGCAACCAGUGAAGAUCUCGUGGCUGGAAACGUUUUUCAAGUUUUAUUUUCUCAAUGAGUAUCUUGUUCUUUAUCGAUUUCUCUCUAUGUAAAUACACGAUAUGUUCCCGGUCUUAAUAUUUCGGUUGCUCACAUUUGAGCAAAAUUUUUAUUUGAUUUUGUAGUUGAUAUAUAUAAUUAUUUUGUAUUUGUAUGAAUCAUUAUUGUGAUUGGGAACAAGAGAUUUUGCACACGGAUAUAUCUAUCUCAUUUUUCCAUAGAAAGAUAAUUCAUGCGAACAGUUGAAAGUGUAAGCAUUUUCGCUUUAUUGUUCUCAUUGCAGUAUUCUAUUUUUGAAGAAAAUCUAGCUUUAGAAUCAUUAUCUAUUGAUUUAAAUAAAAGGAUAUUUAGUUUAUUUAGAUCAAGUCUAAACCCUUCUCUGAAUUUCGUUCAGCUUUAGUGGCUACGGGUUUUUCCUUUCGAUUCAAGAUUUCGAACUACGAGAGAUAAUCUCGAGACUGCGGCAAAGUAUCAUCUCGUGUCACUUCCUGAUGCUGGUCAGUAACUUCAAAGUUAGUUGUUUUAUUUCUUGAUAUGAAACGAUCAUCUUUUUGUAUCAUGUAUCCCGUUUAUAUUUAUUAUGAUCUAUCGUUCGGUAUGAAGUGUACCUGUAUAGAAUGAAUAGUAAUUGCAUUUCUCGGAUGUCUCAGUCAUAGGUGCGUAGUUAACAAGCCUUUCAGGCACUGCAUGCGCCAUUGGAAGUUCCGUAGGGCUGAAAUAUUUUCGCCGUAAAAAAGGUAUUAACGACAUUCGAUAUCGCAGGAAGGAGUGAAAUAGCCUGGCACUGUAAAGUUAAAUGGAUUUUUCUACUUCCUUGUGUUUGGCUCUGCAAUUGGAUCGUGUACGCGACAUUGUGCUAACGAUGGAACAAGAUCUUCAUGGUGACACUUCAGCCACAAAAAUGUCUAGAGUGCUUGUAUUUUUUGGUACAAGUUUUUUUGCAGAGCUUUUUGUGAAAGAAAUUCUUAUGGAACAACAUAUUGUGUAUAGAAAGACACAUUUUGACAAUUAACCUCCUUAUAAGUUGGGAAAAAUAAUCCUGAAUUAAACAUGAUUUUUGCAAAUUUUAGAUCAGCAGCUUUGAAUAAACGCAAACCUUGGCAUGUGCCGAGUUUCCGCUGCCUGGUUAACAAUUGUUCAGAUGUGGAUUUCACUAGUACCUAUAUACCGUUUAUGCAGUAUUUUAUACGAGGAAUAAUGCGUAAACAGUUCAGGAAUAUAUUCAUGGUAAACAACGCCGCAUAAAAUUACUUAUGUAUCAUACAUACGCAUUGUCGUCCAAGUCCCAGUGAGUACUGCGAAUUUUUUCCGCGGCGUUUGGUUGGAUAACUAUAAUCUAAUUCCAUUGUGUUGAAUGGAUUGCUUGGUUCACUCUUUAAUUUGACUAUUUGAGGUCUGACUGCUCUGAAUAUUUUUUUACAGAAAAGUACGUGCGUUUUCAUUUGGUCAAGCAGAUAGUAAGCUCAAACUGGCUUAAAUUUUCUUCAUUUUGUUUUUGCGGUUUGAUGUAGUUUUAUUAUCACCAAACCUUGAUUCUUCAUUUAAUCCGACUAUAUGUUUUAUUACAUUCUUUUGGUCAUAGAAUCACUGAAAUUAUAUGGGAAAGUGAAGGUUGACCUCUUCUAAAGCACCUGAAAACUCAGAUCAUUUAGCGGUUUCAUUUGUUUUGCUCUUUGCCUCUACUAGGGCCCAGUGCUAGUCUUGUAUUCAUCUAAUUGUUGGUUAGUUUGAUUUGUAUGCAUUAUGAUGAAUUAUCACCCUAAAAAUGUGGUUUAUUCGAAUAGAAGAUUGUCGUGAGAGCAUAGUUUCCACGUUAAACAUUUUUUAGGCAGUCCAAAUCUGAAGAAGCUGAUCAUUUUCAUUUGAGAGCAUUUGUUCAACCAAUAUAAAUAAUCAUGUAUUAUAUAUCCUCUAUCAGGUACCAGCGGGUGUCAAUAUUGAAACUAAUGCUAUAGAUGUAAUCAUGCCACCUAAGGAGCGCAGCCUUUGACAUGAUUACAUCUGUAAUCAUUUACAGAUGUAGGGCCUUUGAGGUAGCGAUGCGCACAGUUUUUUUUUUGUGAGCGAUUUUCGUGUACGAGCGCCGGCUCACGCCCCGUCUCCUCUGUUGUUCACAUUAGGAUAUUCGCAUUUCUUCAUUCACAGGUCUUUAUAUGUUCGAUAAAAUUUUGAAAAUACGUGACUAUGUUGAUGCCUGCUAAAAACGAAACGGGAGCAUUAAAUUUAUUUUUUUAUUUUUUGCUUAUCUCCAGACAUUUUUCUUGCUCUCUGGUGCGAUCAGGCUUCGCAGGCAUCCCGUUAUAUAGUUUGAUGCCCAUUUCCUCCGUUUUGGGAAAGGAAAAUUUCUGUAUGAACCCUUGAAUUUAUGCAGGUAUAUUAAAAACGCCUAUUUUUUCAUGUAAUUAUGGCGUACUAAGUGUGAUUUGUUAAAGGGGUGGAACAAAGAAUAUUUUUUAGGCAGUUUUUGCAGUGAGUUAUACUACCCAUCAUUAGAAACGAUUGCUGUUAGAUCGAUGUUUGAUCUGCUGCCGUUAUCUACGAUUAGUUGAAAUUGAUUAUUCCUAGCAAUGCAAUAACGAAGAAAUACGACCUGCAUAUGUAAUGCUUCCAUUCAAGCAGUCGAGACUUCGUUUGGGUGUGCUUGUGAGGCUAGCGAAGAACGGAUUAAUAAUAUAAAAAUUAAAUGUGCUUAUAACGCUGUUCACCGUUCCUCGCCAUGAUUAUUAUAAUAAAACGAGUUUCCCAUUUCCAAA